UGACUAUGAAAUGAAAGUCCAUGAGGGUAGCAAUGGAGCUGUGUUCAUGGAAGGAGGUGUUCAAGCUUAUGCAUAAAGAAACUCAGUUCCAGCAUAAAUUCUGGAUUCUGAUUUCUUUGAGGACUCAGUCUCUCUUCUAGAAAGAUAAAGAUCUCUGGUUUUAUAUCUGCCAGAGAACACUGGGAGCAAUCCCAAGUCACAAACUUGGGAACUGACAAGUUAAUGCUGACCAGGCACCAGACCAGACUUGGCAUCAAAUAAAACUCUGCUUACUCCCCAAAGCGCAGCUCCCCUCUACGCAGGCGUACUAAGAGGGGCGUCUUGGCAUCUUGCCAGAGAAGCCUCUGGAUUCAGUUGACAGCUGCCCCUCCCAGCAGGAGGCACCCUCUGUCCUCGUGAAGAUGUCAAUGAUUCUCCGAGGGGUUCGAGUGCUGGAGUUGGCCGGUCUGGCCCCAGGCCCCCACUGCGGCAUGAUCCUGGCCGAUUUCGGGGCCCAUGUGAUUCGAGUGGACCGGCCAAGUAACGGAGGGACAAAGUGGAUAGGUGGAGGAGGGGUAAAGUGGCUGGCCCGCGGGAAGCGAUCCUUGAUCUUGGAUCUGAAGCGGCCGGAGGGGGUUACGGUGAUGCGCAAGCUCUGCCGUCAGGUGGAUGUGGUCCUGGAACCCUACCGACAAGGUGUCAUGGAGGAAUUUGGACUUGGUCCAGAGAUUCUGCAAAAGGAUAAUCCGAGGCUUAUCUAUGCCAGAUUGACUGGAUUUGGUCAGUCGGGAAGAUUGUCUAAAGUAGCAGGUCAUGAUAUCAAUUAUUUGGCCUUGUCAGGUGUGCUGUCAAAAUUAGGUAGAAGCAAUGAGACUCCUUAUGCACCACUAAAUCUUCUGGCUGACUUUGGUGGUGGUAGUUUGACGUGUGCAUUGGGCAUUGUUCUGGCUCUUUAUGAACGUACACAGUCUGGCAAAGGCCAGGUCAUUGAUGCAAAUAUGGUAGAAGGAACAGCAUAUUUAAGUUCUUUUCUGUGGAAGUCUCAAAAUGCAGGACUCUGGAGUCAGCCUCGAGGAAAGAAUUUAUUAGAUAGUGGAGCACCAUUCUAUGAAACUUACAGGACUUCUGAUGGAAAAUUCAUGGCUGUUGGUGCCAUAGAACCUCAGUUCUAUGCACUGCUAAUUAAUGGACUUGGGUUAAAUUGUGCUGAACUGCCACAUCAGUGGAGUAUUUCUGAUUGGGAAGAAAUGAAGAAGAAAUUUGCAGAUACUUUUGCAAAGAAGACACAGGCAGAAUGGUGUAAGAUCUUUGGUGGCACAGAUGCAUGUGUGACUCCUAUUCUGAGUCUGGAGGAAGCUACCCUUAAUGAGCAUAACCUAGAACGGGGCACUUUUAUCACUGAUGAGGAUCAUAAAGUGAGCCCCAGACCUGCUCCUCUGCUUUCAAGAACACCAGCUGUUCCCUCUACCAAAAGGGACCCACUGGAAGGAGAACACACUAUAGAGAUACUUCAAGAAUUUGGGUUUAGCCAGGAAGAGAUUAAUCAACUUAAUUUAGCUAAAGUUAUUGAAAUAAGAAAACCAAAAUCUAACCUAUAAACUCAUGUCUGUAGAGUUUAUUGGGUUUGAAGAAUGAACUUAAUCAAGAGUUUAUACAUGGAGAAAGAAAAUUAUAGAAUAUUUGUUGGGAUAUCCAAAUCUAGGAAUAACCUGUAACUAAAAGAUUAUUUUGGUUGCACAGAUUUACUUUUGGCUUAAAAAUGUUGUGUUUUUAGUAUAAUGCUCACAAUAGAUGAUCAUUGUAUAAAAGGUGCCUUUUAACUCAUCUUUUGAGUACAUUUGUUAAUAUUAGAACAUGGAAGGGAUUUUCAUGUUCUCAAAUGAAUUAAAAUAAGUCAUUUUGUAAAUGUAAAAACCUUAUUUAAUAAAGUUCAGUGAUGCCUUAAGACAAAGAUAAAAUAAACCCCUUGAUCAGUGA